AUGUGGAAAGACAGGGAAGAAACAUUUCUCAUGGAUUUACGUUUAUGCAGUGGGCAGCACUUUGCCCUUUCUGUAAUCAGCCGCUUCGCCGUCUCAUUAAGAAAACCCUUGAGGGACAGGAAAGCGUUGCUGAAAGGGAAACUCCCGUACGUCGCACCUGGGCGAGGUGAGGUGAGGGAUACCUCGCCCCGCUGUGAGGCACCGUUACCCCUGCGCCGCUACCGGGCGGGGAUAAGUAAAUGCGGGGAGGCCUCCGCGGAGGGCACUUCCUCACCGCUCGCCUCAGGUGCGAAGGAGAAGUGCGGCGGCCCAGCCGGGCGCUCGCAGGGCGGCUUCCCGCGCCUCCAGCUGAGGGGCUCCCGUGAGGGGAUGGGCGCCUCGGUCCUGCUGCGAGCCUGGGAAGCGGCCGCGGGGGCCCGGCAGGAGGCGGUGGGUGUGGGCGGCAAGGACGGGGCGGCGCUGGUACCUGGAGCUGAUACUGUCUUGAUGCACAUGUACAAUCCAAUUAAUUCACCUGAGUGUGUCCUGUCUUUUGAAACCAUCCAUGUACUUCUUAGCUGUGUAUGCAAAGGUAAAAGUCCCUGCUUUUGUGAUAGCACGAAAGGUAGUAAGGGUGAAAAAGGCUUUCCUGGUGUUCCAGGUCCACCUGGUCAUAGAGGCUUUCCUGGUCCAGAAGGACCUCCAGGGCCACAGGGACCAAAGGGUUCUCCAGGGCUUACAGGCUUAGUUGGACCCAAAGGUAUACGAGGAGUCCCAGGAAUACCUGGAUUUUCAGGUCCCCCAGGCCUUCCAGGUGAACCGGGAACUGUUGGUCCUCCUGGGCGCUCGGGUGUUCCAGGAUGCAAUGGCACAAAGGGUGAUCAAGGUUUUCCAGGUCCUCCAGGUAGAAGAGGUGCUCCAGGUGUUCCAGGUAUUGCUGGCAUUAAAGGAGAGAAGGGUGCCCAGGGUGCUCAAGGAUAUCCUGGGGAACAUGGACCACAGGGCCCUCCAGGACCUUCAGGCAUGCCAGGGAAAGCAGGACCUCCUGGACCUAAGGGUCUUAUGGGACUGAAAGUAAUAGGAACCAAAGGAAGAAAGGGUGACACUGGGUUAACUGGACCUCCUGGACCACCAGGAACCGUUAUUGUGACAUUAAGUGGACCAGACAACAUGACGGACUUGAAAGGAGAGAAAGGAGAAAAAGGAUCAAGGGGACUUCCAGGGCCAAUGGGAUUUACUGGGCCGGCUGGUGAUUCUCAGAGUGAAAAGGGUGACCGAGGAGAACCUGGAGCACAGGGUAAACCUGGAAAAGAAGGUGCCCCUGGACCACCUGGCUUACCGGGACAAAAGGGUGAACAGGGCAAACCAGGACUGGCUGGCAGGCAAGGAGCUAAGGGGAUGAAAGGAAACACUGGUCCACCUGGAGCCUGUGGUCGAACAGAGUAUUAUGAUAAUGUGGUUGGUGAAAAAGGAGAUGAAGGACCCCCUGGACCUCCAGGACCAAAAGGUCAACGUGGCAUGCCAGGGCCACAGGGUCCUGCUGGAGAUGCUGGUAGACCAGGUGUGUCAAGACCUGGUCUGAGAGGUCCCCCAGGAUUUCCUGGGCCAAAAGGAAUAAAGGGAGAGAAAGGACAAACUGGCUUGUGUAUUGUAGGCCCUCCAGGACUACCUGGUGUUACUGGCAGACCUGGUUCUGUUGGAUUACCAGGUCCUCCAGGAGAACCAGGUAGCGUAACAUUUAGAACAGGCCUACCAGGACUUCCUGGAGAGCCAGGGUGUGCAGGACCUCCAGGACCUCCAGGAGAGAUUGGCAUGAAAGGUGAUGAAGCUUGCGUGUGCACUGAUUGCAGCUAUAUUCCUGGAAUACCUGGUGUUCCUGGUGCUCCUGGGCCACAUGGCCAAGAUGGCAUGCCUGGUAGAGAAGGAACAACAGGCCCAAAAGGUUCUCCAGGUUCUCCAGGAGCACCAGGGUUUCCAGGAGCUCAAGGACCUCCAGGUUUUAAAGGAGAUCAAGGACAUAAAGGAUCAAAAGGUGAGCCAGGAUAUGUGUAUCCAGAAGGGCCAAAAGGUGAGCGGGGCAAUGCAGGGGCCAGAGGAGACAAAGGAAGAAAAGGUUCAAGUGGAUUUCUGGGAAGACCUGGCCCUAAAGGAUCCAAGGGUUUUAAAGGUGAAGAGGGAUUAGCUGGUUCAAAAGGAGAUAGAGGACUACCUGGAUUGCCCGGCAGUCUUGGUCUUCCUGGAGAGAUGGGGCUUCCUGGACUGCCAGGAUAUGGACCACAGGGAAUAAGAGGUUUCAAAGGCUCUAAAGGAAUACCUGGUCCACCUGGAUUACCUGGAGAAGCUGGUCUGAAAGGAGAGACCAGUAGGAUAACUCCAUUACCUGCGUUGCCAGGACCUCAAGGACCAGAUGGUUUACCUGGACCCCCAGGAGUGCCUGGUAGUGUUGGAGCAAGAGGUCAGCCAGGUGAUUCAGGACAUCCAGGGCCAACAGGUGACACAGGCUUUCCAGGGCUUGGAUUUCCUGGAAACCCGGGUCCAAAAGGAGAUAAAGGACUUCCAGGAGGCAGAGGGUCACCAGGUUGUGAAGGAAAGAUUGGAGAUCCGGGCCGAGCUGGAAACAUAGGACACCCAGGAGAAAAGGGUGACCCAGGCAUGGUUAUUCCUGGAGAUCCAGGACUUCCAGGCCUGCCAGGGCGUGCUGGACAUGAUGGUGAUGAUGGCCUAAGAGGAGAUCGUGGCUCACCUGGAGUUCCUGGAGAUCCAGGUUUUCCAGGGAAACCUGCUGAAUGUCUUAUUGGCCUGCCAGGUUUGCCAGGUGGCCAGGGAGCUACAGGCCCACCAGGACGAAGAGGUUCACAAGGUUCAAAAGGAAAACUAGGUCGUCCUGGCUUGAGUGUCCCAGGCACCUACGGAAAUCCUGGAGAACCUGGAUUAAUAGGUCUUCAGGGAAUUACAGGACUACCUGGUCCCAAGGGACAUUCUGGAAGGCCAGGAAUCUCUGGUGUGCCGGGCUCAAGGGGAGAGCCAGGUAUAAUGGGCCUGUUAGGAAUUCCUGGACCCCCUGGCAUGAUUGGAAGACCGGGCAACCCGGGUAUCAGAGGUUCUUCUGGCUUCCCAGGACUGAAGGGAAGAAAAGGAUUUCUUGGACCAAAAGGCGAACCAGGUGAUAAAGGUUUUCCUGGACCAUCUGAGACCUUGGUUGAUAUUGGGACUAAAGGAGAACAAGGCUUAAAAGGAGUUAGAGGAAGAAUGGGUCUAAGAGGAGAAAAAGGAGAUGCUGGUGUGCAAGGUCCCCCGGGUCUUGAUGGGUAUGAAGGAAUACCUGGUCUGCCAGGUGUCAAAGGAUUUAUGGGUCUUCCAGGGAUUCCUGGAGGACAAGGAUUCCCAGGUGCACCAGGAAACAAAGGGGACAUGGGAAUUCCAGGUCCAAAAGGACAAAAAGGAUCUCCGGGCUUUCCAGGACUGUCAGGUGACCCUGGUCCACCAGGCUAUGGUGGCUUUCCAGGUGACAAAGGAGACCCUGGGUACCCAUCUGCUGGGCCUCCAGGAGAACCUGGUCCAAAGGGAGAUCCAGGCCCCCCAGGAGUUUUGGGCAGCAAAGGAGAAAAAGGAUCCCGAGGUCAUCCAGGACAUAAAGGAGUACCAGGACCACAUGGGAUCAGAGGGGAAACUGGAGGUGCAGGAAUCCCAGGGAAGCCUGGACCUCCUGGAGAUAAUGGUGUUAAAGGACGGCAGGGCCGCCCAGGACAACAGGGCAUUACAGGCCCUCCUGGUGCUAUUGGAGACCCUGGAAAAAAUGGACUUGUUGGUGAACGAGGUAAUCAAGGUCAGGAUGGUAUGCCUGGUCCCCCAGGAGUAAAGGGAGAACCAGGAGCACCAGGGAGAGGAAUCCCUGGCCUUCGAGGUAUUCCUGGUCGUAAAGGAAUCAAAGGGGACAUGGGUCUGCCUGGUUUUCCUGGGCCACCAGGUAUGAAAGGUCAUCAGGGUGAUCAAGGACCCGUUGGACCUCCUGGCUUAGUGGGGUUACCUGGAUUUCAAGGCUCAACAGGCAUGGCAAUUACAGGCCAAAAAGGGAACAGAGGUGUUGCUGGUGCAGAUGGAAGACCAGGUGCUCCUGGUUUUCCAGGGCCUCCUGGUCUUCCCACUCGCAGCAUGAAAGGAAGCAAAGGUGUUAGAGGGGCAGAUGGCAUACCAGGACCAACAGGCCCAGCUGGUGACAUUGGUCCUCCUGGUCCAAAAGGAAUAGAAGGUCGAUCAGGUUAUCCUGGUGCCAGAGGGGACCCUGGAUUUCUUGGAUUCCCAGGUGUAAAAGGAGAAAAGGGUAAUCGAGGACCCCCUGGACCACAAGGUGCAGAAGGGCCAAGGGGACCAAAGGGCCAACAUGGUCCACCUGGAGUUCCUGGGAGAAUAUUCGCUAUCCCAGGAAGCAAGGGUCCUCCCGGAUUGCCAGGAAUCCCAGGAACACCAGGUGAUCCAGGAAUUCAAGGGAUUCCUGGACUACAAGGACCUAAAGGAGUAAAAGGUCUACCAGGACGUUUUGGUCAUCCAGGUAAACCAGGGUUGCCUGGUCCAAAAGGAGACAGGGGAUUUCCAGGACAAAGAGGACAUCCUGGGCUGAUUGGCUUUCCAGGUCUACAGGGGUUACCUGGAUCACCAGGUACUAUUAUUCCUGGUCCAACCAGAAGAGGUUUUAUCUUUACCCGGCAUAGCCAAUCAACAAAGAUUCCUUCAUGCCCACAUGGGACAUCGCAGAUCUACGUUGGCUAUUCACUGCUUUUUGUACAAGGAAAUGAACGAGCACACGGACAAGACCUUGGAACAGCUGGCAGCUGCUUGCAGAGAUUUACCACCAUGCCAUUCCUAUUCUGUAACACCAAUGAUGUUUGUAGUUUUGCUUCUCGCAAUGACUAUUCAUACUGGCUGUCAACUGCAGCAAUAAUGCCAGUAGACAUGGCACCGAUUUCUGGCAGGGCACUAGAACCCCAUAUAAGCAGGUGUGUUGUCUGUGAAGGAGCUGCAAUGGUAAUAGCAGUUCACAGCCAAACAAUGGUAGUGCCUGCAUGUCCAGAAGGCUGGAUGUCUCUCUGGAAGGGUUUUUCUUUUGUUAUGUAUACAAGUGCCGGCUCAGAAGCUUCUGGCCAAGCAUUGGCGUCUCCUGGAUCUUGUUUGGAAGAAUUUCGAGCCAUCCCAUUCAUAGAGUGCCAUGGCAGGGGGACAUGCAACUACUACACAAAUUCCUACAGCUUCUGGUUGGCAUCAUUAAAUCCAAGAAGAAUGUUCAGGAAACCUCUACCACAGACUUUGAAAGCAGGAGAACUAGAAAAUAUCAUCAGCCGUUGUCAGGUCUGCAUGAAGAAACCUGUCUAAACAGUGGCCACUCUUGAUGGAACAUGAAACUCUGCUUUUAUUACAAAGAUUUGCCAGAC